UCCUCCGCUUCCCAAAUCCUUCCAGGUGAAUCUCUCGAAAACACAAUCUCACCACAAUGGCCGAUGAAGAAGAACCUCUCUCUCAAUUCAACAUAUCAAAAGAGGAAACGGAUAAGCUAGUUGCAGAGGUGAUUAGAUUCAUACUAUUCAAGUCACACCAAAACUUAGGUUGUCCAAUUAAAAGAGAAGACUUGACUCAGAUUGUUACUAAGAACUAUAGGCAGCGUAAUCUCGCUACCCAUGUGAUCAAUGAAGCUAAGAACAAGCUUGCUAAUGUGUUUGGUUAUGAUUUGAAAGAGCUUCAACGCGCUCGGGUUUCGUCUAAUGCUCAAUCAAGGAUUCCUCAGUCACAGAGUUCUGUUGAUUCGAAGUCAUAUGUUCUUGUUAGUCAAUUGCCGAUCGAAAUGUUUAGGAAGUAUGUUGUGGAUGAAGCUACGAGUCCUAUGACUGGUUUCACGUUUGCGGUUCUUGCUGUUGUGCAGCUUGCGGGAGGGAAAAUCCCUGAAGAAACCCUUUGGCAUCAUUUGAAGCGAAUGGGACUGCAUGAAAAUGAUGAGCAUAAUCCUGUGUUUGGAAACAACAAGCAGACCCUGGAGACGUUAGUCCAACAAAGGUUCUUGCAGAAGGAGAAAGUUAGUGGCCCGGAGGGUAAUUCUCUGUUUUACGAUCUUGCCGAGAGAGCGUUGGAUCCGCAAGUCAGUGAGAAAAUAAAAGACUACAUUUCACAGAUCCUGAAGAAUGAUGUAGCAGUUGUAGACCUUGAUUAGUAGAAGCUUUAGCCUUGAGAGACUAACCAAACAGAUUGGUUCAACAAGUCUUUAACUUAUGUAUUUUGUAAGAUUGCCUUAAUUAUCUAAUGUAUGUGAAGCUACUUUGGCAAA